AUGGACUCUAACGACGAGUUUGACAAGUUGAUCGCUAUCGCCUCGACCAAAACUGACAUUCCAACCAAGUUCCUUAUGGACUACAUUGAGCAAACAACUGAAGAAAUGAACAGCUACGUACUCGCGGCGAAGUCGGUUAAGGCCGACUGGAAACACCUCGAGAAGGAACUACCUGACGAAGGAGAGGGUCUAGGAGAACGUGUAAUCAUCCUGGGGCAUCUCCUGCGCGCCGUGACCGCAGCGAAAGACAGCUGGUUAAAGCUGUUCAAUCGCUUCAUCAUAUUGGUCAAGUGGCUGAACACUCGUGGCCUACAAGGAUUAUACGAAAAGGAAGCCGACUGGUAUGACGAUGAAUCACUUGAGGACUUCAAAGACACCAAGUGGAUGUUCGACAAGUAUAUUGACCGGAUACAAAAGGCAACCGAUCUGGCCGAAAGCCACUACAGGAACAAGAUAGGUGUAAACCAGAAGGCAGACAUCAACGCUCGCAACCUACGCCGGUUACAAGACAGGCUACAGGAAGCCGAAGAAGAGUUGUUCGGACUCAAACUAAAGAGGGCCAAACUAGACGAAAGCGUGGACAAGACAACUCCUGGCACUCAAGUAACAAACCCGGCGCCGAUGGAGGAAGACGUCCCAAAGCUAGUCGACGAGGGAGAAGAGGGCGAAUGGGAAGGCGAGGAAGAGCUCAUGGUAGUGGAUGAGAUAGGUGAUGACGAACUCCAGGAAGAGCCCGAACAAGUGGUGAACUCAGACGACCAACCUCAAGAGGAGCCAGAACAAGUGGUGCACAUGGACAACCAACCCCAGGAGGAGCCAGAACAAAUGGGACACAUGAACAACCAACCCCAGGAGGAGCCAGAACAAGCAGCCCGUCUAGACGACGAACCUCGAGUAGUACAUGAACAAGAGGACCAGCCUGACAAUGAUGAUCAGUAUAUGGCACGCCUGAUGGAAGAAGCUGCCGAACCAAUUCCCCAAGCGCACGAGCCACCUAGGAGGCAGGAAAAUCAACAAGUUGAACAAGUUGCUCGGGAACUGCAAAACAAGAGGGACGAGUUAAGAGAGACCCGUGAGGAGUUCGAACGCUGGCAGAGAACGAUACGCCUUUUGCCCCGCAGGAUCCUACAAGAUCUUGAACAGGCACCCCACGUACACGUCGAUGCGAUAGGAGAUGGUACACCGGCAGCCGCGGCAGCGCCGGCAACCCUAGCUACAGUUGUCAGCGAACUAGCCAAUAUAAGAAAACGACUAUCUCGAUAUUAG